UUCAUUGCAAAGAGAGGCGACUUCAACUUGUGUCAGUUCAACCUAGAGAAGCUCGAUUCCAGUCAGAAAUGGACAUAAAAUACAAGGAAUAUCUCGACGAAUGGGAAGAUAAUGCAAAUGUGAAAUGUGUUCUUGUUGAAAGCAGCUCAUCUCGUGCUUUUUCGGCAGGAAUGGAUAUUAAGGGUGUUGUGGCUGAAAUUCAGAAGGAGAAAAAUACAACACUUGUGCAAAAGGUUUUUCUGUAUUCAUUUUCUCUUUGUAGACUGUUUUUAAGCAAUCAUUAUCGGGAUUUCUUAGGCCUUAUUUUUUGCAGGCGUCUUGCUUAGUAAUUGUUUUUCCAAUAUGAAGAUAAUUUAGCUGAUAGUACCUAUUUUUUCG